CAAUCAGAUUAAAGAACCGUAGGGCGACACGUGUAUUAUCCCUUGGGCUAUGAAUUCGUCAAACCAUCUUAUCUCUACGGAAUUGCCACGUUGAACAAUAGCCAUAUAUAUCUGUUUAUACACCUGACAUUACGUCUUAAAUUUACUCUAACUCACAAGAUGGCGAAUUUAACGCUACUGUGCAUCGCCUCCUUUUUGGUUGUCCUUGUGGCAAGUGAGGAAGGAGAACUGAAAAUAGAAGUUUUGAAGAAAGCAGAUAAUGAUGACUGUAAAAAAAGCAAGAGACUAGACAUGCUAAGCAUGCAUUAUGUAGGGACUUUGGAAGAUGGUACCAAGUUUGACGCUAGUGCUGACCAUGGGCAACCUUUUUCUUUCCAACUGGGUAUUGGACAGGUCAUCAAAGGCUGGGACCAGGGUUUGCUGGACAUGUGUAUCGGAGAAAAGAGAAAACUAACCAUCCCCUCUCACCUGGGAUAUGGUGAGCAGGGAGCAGGUAUGUCACCAAAACAAUUUUGAAUUAGCUUUAUCAUUCUGAAACAAAUACAGAAUUUUUUUGGUUCCAUUGUUAUUAGAAUCACCAAUAUAAAAAUACAAUAUUGUGUUAAUGCUAAUUACGAAUAUAUUUUGACAAAUGACAAAUUAUUUUGAAAUUUUCAAAUAUAUUGAUUUUAUUUUAUUUUUUUAAGUUUUUAAAAAAAAAAUUGUCCAAAUGACUGUGUGCCUAAAUAUGGUUAUUUUCUUUUUAGGUUUCAGAGUUUAUUUUACAAGAGUUAAAAAGGGCAUUUAAAAGUGAUGAUGUAGAUAAAAGCAAUGGACAGCACAAAGACCUCCUCCAGAAUGUUUUUGAAAAAGAAGAUCAAAAUAAUGACGGGUUCAUCUCUAAAGAGGAGUUCACAGGUCCUACACAUGAUGAACUCUGAAUUUCUAUUGUAAUCUUUGCAAAUAAGAUUUAGGAUGCUGAUACCAGCGAUACUAUCAAGUGAAUUUUUUUUUCCAGCAACAUAUCAAUAUAUGGAUUCUUUUUUUUUUUUCUUUUUUUUUUCCUUUCCGAUAUAGGUGUUGAAAAAUUGUAGUGGCGCCAUUUUAUAGAGCUGUUACUGUUUAUCAUUUGAGAGAGAGCGAGAGGUGGAAUGUUUUCAUUGGUGCUGGGAAAUAAAAUCCUUUUACUCCACAGGAUAAUGUUUCAUUAGCAUGGACUUUAAUUUUUUUAAUUGAUAUAAAUGGUUUGGUAUUGGUUAAAGCUUGUAUUUGGCAUAUUACGACAGAUCUCAUUACACCUUGUGGACUUGUCACGACAGACCUAUGGAUUCCCUGUCGAUAACAAAAGCGAAGAACACCUAAAAGUAGUGGAUGGAAUAUUUUACUGGGAAGAUUCCGAUAAGGAUGGGUUCAUUACUCACGAGGAAUUCACUGGACCAAAGCACGAUGAACUUUGAUUUUAUUUUUCUAUUUUUCUAAAUUUGUCAUAUUUUCCUCAACUACCCAUUACCCAUAAAAUUCACUCCAGCAUUAUAUACAGAUAUUAUUUAAUUGCUUUAUUUAUUGAAAAUUAUCAUUUAAAAAAUUAUUAUUUUUUUAAGUAUUUUUAUUUUUCUUGCAUGUUCAUAUCAUAAUUUCACAUUCUUGUGAUAAAUGAAGUGACUUUACAUUCCCAAUUUGAUAUUUAUUUUUAAGGAAUGUACAAAAUGUAUAAGUAAUAUAUAUAUAUAUAUAUAUAUUUAUUUAUAUAUAGCGACCAAAGUGAUUUGAUUUGUGGACAUUAUAUAGUGGUAUAUGUGUAUUUGAUUGUUGAUAGAUAGGUGAUAAGGAGAACAUAGCUGGUUUGUGGUUUACAGUGCCUUUGAAUUUGGUAUAUUAGUGGUAAAGAGUGGAUGCAUUGGCAUGUAAACAAGGAAGAGGUGAACUUUAUUUUGAAAGAGCUUGAUAUGUAGCAUGAUGUAGUGCACGAAUGUAAUAAUUAUUCAAAAAUAAUUAUUAAAAAAAGGAAAAAAUAA